AAUUUAUGAUGUUAUUCGAUUUACUUUGCCGUUUCAAAAAUCCUUUAGUUCAAAGGUCUUUUUCCAAAAACCCUUUUUCAAUCUUUAUUCGACCUAUUUCAAUAACCUUGAAUGCAACCCAUGCUUCUGCAAAAGACGCAAUUGAUGCCUUAGUCGGUCAAGCGCCGGAUCCUUGUGAAAUUUGUGUAUUAUUGGCUUCCCGGACUUACUCACCCAAAGAAUUAGAACUCUUUCCUAGCUAUCUCUUCACUAAAUUACGUCCUAGAGUUCUUAUUGGUUGUGUGGUCGACAAAGUUUUUACUUCGUCUGAUUCCACAGAGUUUGGUCAUGGUAUUUCGUUGUUUUUGGGCGGAUGGGGUAAAAAAGAAAAUAUGUCGAAUAGCUGGAAAUUUGAUGAAUUUUGCGCAAACGUGCAAGGUUCAAGACGAGAAUAUAAGACUAACUCCGUUGGACGGUGGAUUACACCAACCGCGGAAAUGAAAAGUAACAUGCUGGAGACAAAUCAAUGGUACAAUAUUGAAAGAUUUCAGUCCGUAUCAAGUAUACCGCAUGAGUUUGAAUUACCAAAUGAGUUAAAAGUCCUCAAAGAAAAAAAUGUCAGUCCGGAUUUAUUUUUUUUGGUUUCUGAUUCUGAACCGUACCAAUUUUUAGAAUCUUUGGAUUAUCAUUUCCCUCAAAGUAAAAAGCUAGGAAUAAUUGGAUCAUCAACACCAUUUAUAACAGGUCGUCCAUUUAGUCUUUUCAAAAAUAGCAGCAUGCUAUCAAGAGGCAUCAUUGGCAUAGCAUUUACAUUAAUGGCCUCAACUUCCACGAUAAAAAAACAAAUUCAAGUUGAUCAUCAGGCGUUGUGUUCAAUCGGAGAACCAUUAAAAAUUACAAAUUGUCGAGGAAAUAUUAUCCUAGAAUUGGAUGGCUUAAACCCUACCGACCUAUUAUUAAAGAGGUUCCGAUACAGAGAUGUUGACCAGACACUGUCCAAAGAAACCGAAUAUUAUUUAGGUAUAUACGAUAUCGAGAAUAAACUUGAUGAAUCAAUGCUAAUGGUUAAUAAAAUCUUGAGCGGAGAUCCUGUACGUGGUAAUAUAGCUAUUGACACUACCAGAAAUUUGAAGAAUGGACAGUUUGCCAGGGAGAUGAACUUUUCCGCUUCUUCACCAACAAUGAACAAAACGAUUAUUGAAAGAAAUAUUUUUGGUGGAAUUAGUGAAAAUGGAAUAAUCAUUGGAAGAGGCGCUAUGAAUGAAAAUCAAAUUGAUACUUCUUGGCAAAGAUUACAGGCAAAACAAACAUUACCAGAUAAUUCUCGGACAUUAUCAGUCCUUCCAAGAUCAUCACGGCAAAGUUAUUCUUCGACAUUUCACAUAUCAAAUAAUCCUUUCAAUAUACGAUUUUCAACUAAUGCUUUGAAUAAUUUUUUUGGAUCACUUUCCAAACGAAUGCCAAAUGUUUGGAAAAUAUGGUUUAAUAUUGGAGUAUUCGUGGGUAUUGUGACUUUCUUUUUUGGUAUUGUGAUCAUGGUUGUGGCGAGUUGGAAACUUUUGAUGGGGAUAUUUGAAUUAUUUGGAUUAAGUUGGAUAGGCGAGGCAGAAAAUAUAUCAUCAAAUAUAAUAAAUAAAAGAAGCUUUGAAAUAUCAUCAAAUAUAAUAAGUAAAAGAAGCUUUGAAGAUCAUGUUCAACACGAUGUCAGUGAUGAGAAUAAUCAAGUAUUUAUUCCUGUGAUUCCUGGUAUUACUUUACCAAUUUCACACUUUUGGUAUUACCUUUUGGCACUUCUGAUGUGCGGAAUAAUCCAUGAAGCCGGACAUGCUCUUGCCGCCGCAAAUGAGCGUCUUAAUAUCAAAUCGACGGGAAUAUUCUUAUAUAUCCUUUAUCCAGGAGCUUUUGUAGAAUUCGAUUUAAAUGAAUUGAAAGAGCUUGCACCUCUUAGACAACUUCGCAUAAUAUGUGCAGGAGUGUGGCAUAAUGCAGUCUUAUUCCUUUUGGGUACACUUAUACUUAGCUCUGGAAUAUUGUCGACGUUUAUGGGUUACACCACUUGGAGGCUAGUGGACGGUUUCGGAGUCAGUGUCGUUUCUGUUGAAAGAGAUACUGCGUUGUCUGCUUAUUUAAAACCUUCGACGUUGAUAACGAAAUUAGAUGAUUUCGACUUGUCAGGGUCAUCACUAGAUAGUUGGAAUGAUUAUCUUUUACAAAAUGGAAAACUGGAUCUUGACUCUAUAGGAUUUUGUGCUUCAAGAAGGGGUGCAACAUCACUGGAUUGUUGUGAUAUUUCUGCAGAUCAUCCUUAUGGAAAUGCACAAGAUAAUGCGACAUCAUGUUUUAAGAGAAUUGAUGAAAACAUAUGUCCUUUCAAGGAGUUAAAAUGUUUGCCAACAAUACCAAUUCUCGUAAAUAUUGAUGCACAACGCUGCCUUCGUGAUAUUGAUUGUCCAUCUGAAUCAUCAAUGUGUGUUUCACCAUACACACCAAAAGGUUAUCCGAAACCUUUAAGAAUAUUUUAUAAGGAUGCACCAUGGGUUCAAGAAAAUAAUGAUCAGGAGAAACUUGUAUUGUAUCUUGGAGAACUUGUUGAUGUGUGGGAAAUUGUACAAGUUAGUAUUCUUCAACCCAGGUGGUCAUGGGUACCAACAUGGAUUCCAUUAUCUAUUGAGUUGAUUUUACGGUAUACUAUUUCUUUUUCACUUGCACUAGGUGUUCUUAACAUAUUGCCAGCAUUUAAAUUAGAUGGGCAUUAUGCUUUAAUUGCACUAUUACUUUGGGUAUCUGGAGUUGAUUAUGACCUAGAUGAAGUUGUCUAUACUAGUAAACGUACAGAAAGAGGGCGAUUAGGAAAAGUAAUCAUUUUCUUUGUUACGGGCUUGGUUGGAUGGGUUGUUAUAGGAACUUUAUUUUUUAGUCUGUUUGCUAAUUAUAAUAAACAUUUGUAA